UUAAUGGAGAUCGAUGGGAAGCAUUAGGAACGAACAAUAACACCUCGAAUAUUAUUAAGAGGUAAGCUAUUCACAUUGAUUUUGGGGCUCCAAUGUCUUUGUUAGCAGUGAAGACAACCUCAACAUCGCCAUCUCCGUUGCCACUUAUCUCCACCUAUCGUUCUCGCUUAAUUUAUUCACUGAGCUUCCCUAGAAAGAUCAAUAGAAGAUGCGUUCUGAGAACUCGCGCUUAUUCUUCCGAUGACAAUAAUUCCAGAGCCGGUGACUCGAAAACCCCUAACGGUACUCUGCCGAAGAGCCGGAGAGAAAUUCUUUUGGAGUAUGUUAAAAAUGUGCAGCCAGAAUUCAUGGAAUUGUUUGUGAAAAGAGCACCUCAGCAGGUGGUUGAUGCAAUGCGACAGACAGUUACCAAUAUGAUUGGAACACUUCCCCCACAAUUCUUUGCAGUAACAGUUACCACAGUUGCUGAAAAUCUUGCACAGCUCAUGUACAGUAUUAUGAUGACUGGUUACAUGUUUAGGAAUGCACAAUAUCGUUUGGAAUUGCAACAGAGUUUAGAGCAGGUUGCUCUUCCUGACAUACAGGAUAAAAAGGAUUCACCAGAUUAUGCACCAGGCACACAGAAAAAUGCUACAGGUGAAGUUAUCAGGUGGAACAAUGUUUCUGGUCCAGAGAAAAUAGAUGUUGUCAAAUACAUUGAGUUACUUGAAGGAGAAAUUGAGGAACUAAACCGUCAAUUAGGAAAGAGAUCUGCCAAUGGACAGAAUGAACUGUUGGAAUAUCUUAAAUCCCUUGAGCCACAAAAUCUUAAAGAGCUAACAAGUACUGCUGGAGAGGAUGUUAUGUUGGCUAUGAACACAUUUAUAAAGCGACUUUUGGCUGUUUCAGAUCCUGGCCAAAUGAAGACAACAGCAACAGAGGCUAGUGCACCAGAACUUGCCAGGUUGCUUUAUUGGCUUAUGGUAGUUGGCUAUAGCAUCCGCAACAUUGAGGUGCGUUUUGACAUGGAGAGAGUACUCGGUACUACUCCAAAGCUUGCCGAGUUACCACCAGGGGAAAACAUCUAGUAAUGGGAUAGUACAGUAGUUGCCUAAAAUUGACUGGUGAUUGUCGAAACACAGUAACUUAACAGUCCAGAGGGUGGUAUUCAGUGAUCAGU